GGCAACUUUAAGCAUCACCAACUUUUACUCUCGGGGUCUCUCUCCUCCACAAUCUGCAGCGAACGAAGCUCACCAACCCCAACCAAGAACACCACCUCCAACCUCAACAUGGACCCCGGCAACCCCUCCACCGCCACGAGAAACAUCAUCCGCAAUCCGCGCCGGCUUCUCAUCCUGUCGCCCAGCUCGCAUUCCACGACCAUCAUCCCCCCUCUCCUCCACACUCUCACCGGCGCACCGGUCACCGAGCCACCAUCCACGUCUACAACAGCCCUCUCUUCAACCACAACCCUCGUCGCCUCCUCCGCCGCCUCAACCGUCACCGCAACCUCGUCAACACCCGCCCCGCCCACGACGACCACCAAUUUCGCCGGCUACACCACCCACCCGCCUCUCCCCAUCCAGAACCGCUACUACACAGCCGACAUCCCCAUCUGGGUUGACGAGAUCCCCCUCUCAACGCCAGCAGCAGCAGUCCCAUCGCCACCAUCACCAUCCACAACCCCCUCCCCCGCGCAAUGGAAGACGGAAUUCUCCGGCCCCGACGCCCAAGUCGUCCGCGACGCCAUCGGCGCAGUGAUGAUCUGCGUCCGCAAUCCGGUGGACCAUCACCAUGACCCUUCAUCAUUUCUGCCGACGGCAGAAGAUCGGGCGGAUGUACGCGGAUUGAAGGAGUUCAUCCACGCGAUUGGGGAGGUGCGGGGUUUGAUUGAGGAGGAGAGGGGGGGCAUGGGUGUUGGGGAGGUGCCCGGGUUGUUGGUUUUGGUGGAUGCUUCAUCAUCGGGUAAUGGUGGUGGUGGUGAGAUGAAUGGACUCGAAGUUGAUUUGGAUGAUCAUCUUGGUGUUGAGAUCGAUGAGCCGUUCUCCGUGGGGUGGUGGGAGGAUCAAUUGUGUGAGAUGGGGUUGAUGGGGUGGGAGGUUGUGCGGUGGUGCCCCAGGGGGAGUGGGGAGGAGGAUGAGGAUGCGGGGAGGAAUCGAUAUGGAGAACUGCAAGGCAUGCGUCGGGUUAAGGAGGUGUUGGAAACGCAUGACUGGAGUGCCGCGGAGGAGGAGACCGAGGGGUUGGCGAUGAGACUCGGUAAUGACGGCGACGACGACCAGGACGACCUGGAGAGACAGCUACUCGGGCUGGACGACGAGGACGACGGGGCGGCCGGGUUCGAUUCCGAGGUGAAUGAGUUGGAGCGCGAGAUGGUCGGUCUGCGCAUGGCGAUCGAGCGCGGCAGCGACGAUUACUUCGUCGAAGAGGAUGAGGCGGACGAGGAGCUGCGGGUGGAUGCGGUGGAGGCGCUGCUGCUGCGCAUGCGAGCGAUCAAAGAUAUGAGCGACGGGUUACCCAAAACGGAACGGAAGCGAUUCGCUGCCAAAGCGGUGCGCGAUAUCAUGAAGGACUUAUAGCACAUACACCAUACUCCGUAUAUACGAUAUGAUAUGGCAUGGCAUGAGAGGAUAUGGUCAAAGUUUCCUACAUAUACAGUACUGUACAUAUGAUAUCU